AUGGCCGCCUCUACCAAGGUCUUCUCCCUCGAGGGAAAGGGUCUGAAGCUCGACACCGCCGAGGACCUCGAGGCCCAUAUCGCCCCCCUCCGGACUAUGGACGAUGUUGAGGAAGUCCGCCUUUUGGGAAACACCUUGGGUGUCGGCGCUUGCAAGUUGCUUGGUGAGGUGCUCGCCACCAAGAAGAAUCUCCGUGUUGCCAACCUCGCCGAUAUCUUCACCGGUCGUCUGCUCAACGAGAUCCCCGAGGCUCUUUCCUCGCUCCUUACCUCGAUCCUCAACCUCCCCAAGUUGAACACGAUAAACCUUAACGACAACGCUUUCGGUCUCAACACUCAGGCGCCCCUUGUUGCCUUCCUCGCCGCCCACGUCCCUCUUCAGCACUUGUACCUGAACAACAACGGCUUGGGUCCUCACGCCGGUAUUCUGAUCGCCGACGCUCUGUCCGAACUCCACGCCAAGAAGGAGGAAGCGCGCAAGCAGGGACAGGAUGUUCCUUACCUCGAAACCGUCAUUUGCGGCCGUAACCGUCUGGAGAAUGGCAGUAUGACGGCAUGGGCCAAGACUUUCAGACUGCAUAAUAAGGUUAAGCAGAUCAAGAUGGUCCAAAACGGUAUUCGCCAGGAGGGUAUCUCCCAUCUGCUCAGCGAGGGUCUCAACCACGCUUCUGAGCUCCAGGUUCUCGACCUCCAGGACAACACCUUUACCCUCAAGGGAGCUAAGGCUCUUGCGAAGGUGACCCCCGGCUGGACUGAGCUCAUCGAGCUUGGCAUCGGCGACUCUCUUCUCUCUGCCAAGGGCGGUGUCCUUCUGUCGGAGGCGCUUCUGAAGGGCAAGAACAAGAAGCUCGAGAUUCUACGCCUCCAGUAUAACGAGAUCACCGCCCCUGGUAUCAAGGGUCUGGCUCAGGCCGCUAAGGAGGCUCUUCCUGCCUUGAAGAAGAUCGAGCUCAAUGGCAACAAGUUCACCGAGGAUGAUGAGGCCAUCAUUGCCCUUCAGGAGCUCCUCGAGGAGCGCAAGGAGCAGCUUGGUGGUGAUGUUGUCGCCGAGGACGAGUGGGGCCUUGACAGCCUGAGCGACCUCGAGGAGGAAGACUCGGAGGAGGAGGAAGAGGAAGAGGAGGAAUCUGAGGAGGAGGAGGAUGUCGAGGAGAGGGCAGAGAAGCUGAUCAAGGAGGCCGAGGAGGCUCAAGAAGAGCCGGUUGUCCAGGUCAAGGACAAGGAGGUUGAUGAGCUUGCGCAGAAGUUGGCCAAGACCGGACUCUAA